AUGAUGAUCAACGAUGCUGUACACCAGCGGGUCGUUCGCCCCCGUCUGCCUCCUCUGAGGGGGCAGACUCGGCUCUACGUUGGCAUCGUUGCCUUCGUUGCGUGUCUGCUGCUCAUCUUCAUCGGCAUCUUCUCGCCGCUGAUUGUGCUGCGCAACAUGGAUAAGAGCUACGAAGCGGAGAUGCGCGACAUCGAGUACACCGUCGCCAACAAAGCCGUGGCACCGUACAGGGUGGUCAUGGUCGAGGCCUUUGCCAUCAGUCAGGCCCUGGAGGGCUACGUCAUGAGUCGGAUGCGGGUUCUGCCGAACUUGUCCGCUCCGCCACUGGAGCGUAUUCGAGACCAGAACUUCACGAACUUCGACGAAAUCGGCAUAACACUCCGGCGCAACACAAACGCGAUCGCCAUGACUGCCCUACAGCCCGGCGGCGUGUACGCCUUCUUCUCGCCGAGCAACGCAACCACGUACGGGCGCGACACCCUCGACCCUCACGACAACGCGCAGAACUUCAACCCGACCCCUUGGGAGACCAUCCGCAGCGGCCGCGCUGUCUACGUCGGUCCCUUCCGCUCCACCUCCGACGUUCUGCGCGGUCAGUGGGGCCUCGCUGUGCGACGGCCCAUCUACAACCGCACAAGCUACGAGUCGGCCGAUAUCAGCACCUUCUGGGGCUUUGCGUUCACCCUGGUCAACAUCAGCGGCCUUAUGGAAGAAAACCCGUUCGUCUUCACCAACUUCACAACCAAGAGGCGGAGCUUCGACUACCUUCUCAGCGUCCACAAUGAAACCUCCGACGCUAUCACCGUCCUUGCGACCUCUCUCAAAAACCCGACGGCGACGCAGCUCGCAGAAUUUGCCCGGCUCGGCACUAGCGUGGGUAUCACCCCAAAUCACCCGUUCCUCCUCACCAUCCGCGGCCACGACUACGGCUCGAACCUCUCGCCUGCCAACAUCAUCAUCAUCGUGUCCACCGUAUUAUCUGGGCUUUUCGCCAUCUUCGCCGCUGUCAUCGCAGCCGUUUUGUGGUGCGCAGCCACCUACGACGCCGCAGCGCACGCGCCCAAGAUGGCACCCUUCGCCAUGCUCACCAUCGGCCCCUGCCGCGGUGAGGAGCUCUGGGAUCUUGCCGCGGAUCAGAUGGCCGAGGUGACGGAAAAGCUCGAUCAGGUACUGGGGCGCCAAAUGGAGCGGCACUGCGCCUACCAGAUCCAGCAGGUGCACCCGCUCACCACGUCGUACGUCACGCGCAGCGUCGCCGCCGCUGUGCAGAUGGCCUUCAGCACCAUCGAGGAGCUGCAGCGCCACCCCAUCGACGGCCCGCUGCGCGCCGUGCUCGGCGAUGAAGGCCGCCUGCUGCUGUCCUACGCCGUGCACUGGUGCACCGACGCUGCCGUGCGCGUGGAAUCGCUGGAGGGCACGUACCGCUACGAGGGCUGCGACGUUGUCUUCGGUGGCCGCAUGUGGGCCCUUGCCGCGCCAAAUGUCGUCACGGCGUCCGAGGCGGUGGUGCAGACACUGCCGCGCUUCGGCCUGUGCAGCAUCGACACACGCUCGCACUGCGUUGUCAACGUGGUGCGCUCACGGACCCUCUGCGGUACCACCGGCGGCAAAGGGUUCGGCGGCAAGAGCGCCACGAUCCACGUGCCAUACUCGCCGCCCACCACCGUGCAGGCGACCGCCGGUGCACGGGGCGGCAGAGACAUCUCCCCGAUGGCGACACCCAUGGGCGGUAGCAGUGACAUCGAAGACGCGCAGCCGCUGCCGCCGCAGCAGCUCUUCACGCUGCUCGACACGCGCCGCCCCGCACUGGUGGCUGCCGCGGCUGCAGCGCCGCACAACGCCAACUCCUUCUCGGCAUCUUGUCCUAGCGACACCGCGGUGGCCUCCGCCAUGGACUUGCCUGCCGGUGAGCGUGUCAUUCUACCAGUGUCGUCCUCGUCCACCGCUGAUGGCGGUGCUGCCACUAGCCCUGACAUCGCCACUGCCGCACGCACGAGUGCAAGCUCCCACGCACCGACCGAGAGCGAAGGCAACGACGUAUUCUCUGCGCCAUCACUGUCGGUGGCGCCGCCGCUGUCGCACGCAUCGAGCUCCCUCGACAUUGGUGUCCCCAACGGCGGCGCCACUACGGCGGUGCGACGGAACUUCCUCGCCUUUCAGGGGGACGCCGUCACACGUGCGCUGCUGCAGCCGCUGAUCCCACGUGCGCUCGAUGUUGCCCUGCGCGUCGCCUUCGACUACCAGUCCAUCACCCUUGAUGUACGCUAUGCCGAGGUUCGGGUGCUGGUCUACUACUUCUACUCCAGCUACAAGAUCCUGUUCCGCCCGCUGGCCGCGCCGGAGCGCCACAACAUCUUCCGCCGCCUGGUGACAGCCUUCGGCGUGCCGCAGCAGGGCAUCCUCGAGCACCUGGCCGCGCGCUGCGUCAUUCGGUAUGUGCAGCAGCGGUUGAAGUCACGUCGCCUCGCACUGCAACCCCCUCACCUUCGUGCCUCUCCUCGCGAAACACCGCUAACGCAGAACGUGUAUGCAAAUUUCGGAAGGGCAUCCCGUUAA